AUGGGUAAUAAAAAUACUUCAGCACAUUUAACUAAGACUUUAUCAAUAAAUGAACAUGAAAAAAAUCGUUUUAUUCAACAACAUAACUUAAAAAAUAACGAAGAUAUUGAUAGUUGUUUGGAUAAUUCAUCAUAUAAAAGUUAUAAUGGUAAAAAACAUGGUCCAUCACCUCGUUUUCGUCGACAUCAUACAAAACAAAUACAUCUUGAUAAAAAAGGAAAGAAAAAUCAGGAGGUGAAUCAUCGUGAUGGUUUAUAUGCCGUACGAUCAUUGCCAAGCAAUGGCUUCCCAAAUACUGAUAAUGGUGCUGCAGUUACUGGGAACGAACCAUCUGUUGGCGUGGGCACCAUUGUCGAACCGUCUAUUGAUGUUGGCGCCGCUGUCGAACCAUCUUUUGAUGUUGGCACCACAGUCCAACCUGUAGCACCUGCAGACAAAGGAAAAAAAAGAAAGAGUAAAGUUGUUCAUGAAAAAUUGAGAAAACCCAGCGAACAGCCACAAGGUAAAUAA